CAUCACUUCCCCGUGUGGUUCCUGGCACCGGGGCAGCCGCCUCCUGCAGCGCUCCGGGCGGCUCGGAGCCCGAGCGCGCCAUGGCCGUGCCGCUCGCCCUCUGCCUGCUCCUGCUGGGGGGGGCCCGGAGAGGUCCGGCCCCCACCCUUGGGUACAACCUCGACACGGCCCACCCAGUUGUCCUGGCUCCUGAUGUCGGCCCCAGCUUUGGGCACCAGGUCCUGCACUUUGGGAAUGACAGGCUGGUGGUGGGGGCCCCCGGGGACUACAACACCACGGGGCACCUGUACCAGUGCUCUGUCCCCACCAACUCCUGCGAGCCUGUCCUGGUGUCCGGUAGACUCGAGACUCCCCACCUAGGCAUGUCCCUGGCCAGCGACGGCACACGGCUGAUGGCCUGCAGCCCCGGCUUGACCCAGGUGUGUGACCGGAACCUGUACCUGAGCGGGCUCUGCUACCUCUUCACCGGCAGCAGCCUCAAGGAUCCCCGGGAGAUCACGCCCGGAUACCAGCAGUGCCUGAAGGGCAAGGUGGACCUGGUCUUCCUGUUUGACGGCUCCAACAGCAUGAACCAGUUGCAGUUCAGUCUCAUCUGCAGUUUCAUGGUGGAGGUGAUGGAGAAACUGAAGAACAGCACCAUCCACUUCGCCGCGGUGCAGUUCUCCUCGGACGUGAAGACAGAGUUUAACUUCACACAGUACACGCAAAACCCCAAUCCCCGGGAACUGCUGAAGAACGUGAAGCACAUGAAGUGGCUGACAGACACCUUCAAGGCCAUCAAAUACGUGGCGGAUCACGUCUUCACCCCUGAGAGCGGAGCACGAGAUGACGCGAAGCGCGUCAUGAUCAUUAUCACCGACGGGGAGGCUUCGGAUAACGGAGAUGUCAUUGCUGCUGAGAAGAAAAAGAUCACGCGCUACAUCAUUGGGGUGGGCAAUAACUUUGGGAACAUCAACGUCACCCAGUUCCUGACAAAGUUCGCCUCCCAGCCCAGCAGCGAGUAUGUCAAGGUCCUGGAGAGUUUCGAGAAACUCAGCGGGCUCUUCAAGGAGAUCCAGACCAAGAUCUACACCAUUGAAGGGACCAGUGAUAAAACCUCCUUCCACCUGGAGCUCUCGUCCAGCGGGUUCAGCUCCCACUUGUCCCAGGGGCAGAUCCUGGUGGGGGCCGUGGGAGCUGACGACUGGGCUGGGGGCUUCUUCGACCUGGAGGGUGACCCCGGCACCCCCAGCACCAAAGAAACCUUCGUGGCCAGUCCCAUGCAUAGCAAGGACAGCAAGGACGCCGCCUACCUGGGCUACGCGAUGGCCAUGCUGCGGAGAGGGGGGCGGACAGUACUGGGAGCUGGGGCCCCCCGGCAUGGCCACGUGGGACGGGUGACCCUCUUCCAGCUCAACCCCCAUGCCCGGCAUUGGAACCCGAUACAGGACCUCUCGGGGGAGCAGAUUGGGUCAUACUUCGGGGGGGCAUUGGCGGCCGUGGCCGGGCAGGAAGCCGAGGAGUUGCUGCUGGUCGGAGCCCCGAUGUACGUGGGGCGGCGCCAUGGCGGGCGGACCCAUGGCGGCCGCGUCACCAUCUACCGCUGGGCCCAGGAACAGCUGAAGGAGGCAGGGCAGCUGGAGGGGGUGGUGGGACAGCUGCUGGGCCGGUUCGGGGCAGCACUGGGGGCCGUGGGAGACCUGAACGGGGACGGAUGGACAGACGUGGCCGUGGGGGCCCCACUGGAGGAUGAUGGGAGUGGUGCCGUGUACAUCUUCCACGGGGGCCAGCGUGGCCUGCACACCCCGCACAGCCAGCGCGUGAGAGCCGCAGACAUGGACCUGGGGCUGAAGUUCCUGGGGCAGGCGCUGGACGGUGGCACUGACUUGGACGGGGACAAGCUCCCAGACAUCGCCGUGGGUGCCAGAGGACAGGUCCUUGUGCUCAGGUCCCGGCCCAUUGUGCGGAUCUUGCCAGUGAUGAGGUUCCAGAUGCCCGAGAUCCCCGUGCGCCAGGUCGAGUGCUCAGGAGAUGGCGGUGCCUGGAAGGACGUCGUCUUUGGCGUCUAUGUCUGCUUGAAUGUCACCCUCGACACGCCCCAGUACCAAGACCCCAUCGCAGCCAACCUGCGGUACCAGCUGGAGAUCGAUGCCGACCGCAUGAAGAGCCGCGGGGUCUUUGCCAACGGGAUGAAGAUCACAGAGGGGAACAUCACUGUCACCAGUGACACCAGCUGCAUUGAGCAGGAAGUCCGCAUCGUGAACUGCGUGGACGACAUCAUCACGGGCAUCCGGGUCUCUCUGCGCUUCUUGCUGCAGAAGGAUGAGGGUGGCCUGGGUCCCUACCCUGUCCUCAACCCCCUCAUCAACUCCUCCUGGGCUGAGAUCCCCUUCGAGAAGAACUGCGGAGAGGACCACAUCUGUGAGGCUGAUUUGCGCGUCAGGUUCAGCUCCGAUGGGCCACGCGACCUGUUGCUGUCACCCGUGGCCGAGCUGCGCCUGGCCCUGGACAUGUGGAACCACGGGGAGGACGCGUACCAGGCUGGCCUGCGCCUUCGCCACCCCCCAGGGCUCUCCUUCCGCCGCGCCACCGCCACCCAGGCUGGAUCCCAGAUCCGGGUGAGCUGUGAUGGGUUGAAUACCCCUGACUUCCCGGACCUCAGGGUCCUAGUGGAGCUACUCUUUGAUGCUGCCCGCAACAGCUCAUGGGAGGAGUGGCUGAAAAUAGAGGCUAUGGCCAGCAGCAACAACGACAAGAACGAGACCCUCCACCCCAGAGUGGCCACACUGCUGAUCAUCGCCAAGGGGGACCCCAUCCCAAAAACCCUUGUGGGGGUCUCAUGGCAGGUGGAGAACCUGCUCCAGGAGGCCUGGCCCCAGCCAGAGAUGAUGGCCUUCGUGGUGCUGCCUCGGAGUCUUCCUGCCAGCCUGGCCUGGAAGACCUACAGCGUCAGGAGGGACAGAGACGAACCCUGUGAGCUGAAGCCGGAGAACAUGCCCUUCUUGUACAGCAUCAGCCAGGACUGCCACGUCUACCUCUGCCGCCUAGGGCUGAUCCGCUCUUCUGUCCACAUCUAUGUCUCCGGGGUCCUGGAGGCUCCACUGGUGAUCAAGAACUCAUCCCGCUCCCACAUCCACACGAUGCUGUUCUUGGACUUCAACCACAGCCGCUUCCGCCAGUGGAACAACGAGUUCACCCACGCCAAGGUGCAGACGGAGGUGGAGCAGGUGUAUGUGAUGAAUUACCUGCCCGUGUACAUCGGCAGCAGCGUUGGGGGGCUUGUGCUGCUCAUCCUCAUCAUCAUCGUGCUGUAUAAGUGCGGCUUCUUCAAGCGCAGCUACAAGGACAGGAUGGAGGAGCAGGAGCCGAGUGCCAAGGACGGGCAUGGGCUCGGAGACGGGGAUGAGGCCAAUGGGGGGAAGCAGCCCCUGGAGGAGGGAGACUUCACCACAGAAUGAUGGCACCAGCCCCAGCCCCUGGCCUGCCCCCGUCCCAUGCCCCAGGCUGCCCCCACCCCCUACCCCAGCACAGAGAGAUGCCCAGGGAAGACUCCAGCCCUGCCAGGAGCCGCCAGUUCGAAUCCCUCUCCUGGUCCCAGGAGACUCGAGCCCUGGACCCUCAGGCCGGGCCAGGGAUGGGGCCCUUCGGGAGAGGUGCGGGGGCAGUGCUCCCCGCUUCAUGCUCCCCGCUCUUUAUUCAUCCCAGCAGCACCCGGUGCGCGCACAGAGGGGCCGGGUGUCUGGGCCACGGCACGCACACAGAGCACCCAGGUGUCUGGCACACACGCGGUACCCAGGGCCCCCGCUAAGAACAGGGAACCCCCCAGCAGGGGGCAGCACUGCACAUACAGAUGUGAGCGCACGGGUGCACAUGCACAAAGAACCCAGCUGGCCUGUGCCUAGAACCCAGGCAUUCGGGACAUGGACACACGCGUACACCCAAGCAUCCGAAACAUACACUCACAGAGCUCAGGUGUCCAGGGCGCGCGUGCGCGCACACACACACACAGAACCCGUGUUUUCCGAACCCACCCACCCCCACCGGGCAUUUGGAUCACGCACAAAACCCGAGCAUCUGGGACUCCCUUCCUCCCGCACCCAGAUAUCUAAGACAUGCACUCACAUGCAUGCACACACCGACACACAAAACUUGGGUGUCCAGACACGCACACAUGGGUGCACAUACGCAGAACCUAGCCCCCUGGGACACACAUAGAAGUACUGAACCCACAUGAAGCACCCCCCACCCACAACCCAAGCUCUCGCCCUGCAAAGACUUUUGCUUUCUGCCCCGCACGCCCAGGCCCCUCCCUGUGCCCCCCGCACCUGGGGUGUUCCUAAGACAUUUCCCCCCUAGACCCGUGCUCCCUGCCCAGGGCAAGAGCCAGAGAUUGUGGCUGGGGUGGGGAAGGUUUAUUCUCAGGGUUGGAGCCAGCCAGGUGCUGGGGGCUGUACAGAGCUCAAGCCCCAAAAGCGCAGCUUCAGUGUGGCUACGAGUGGCCCCCACCAUGUCUGGGUGGUGCUGUGUGCCCGCCCCAGCACGCAGGGCCCAGGCCAGAGGAUUAAAUCAGCUGUAAUGCUUGGA